AAAUACCCAAGAAAACUUGGUGGCUACUGACUCCUCCUUCCCUUUCUCAAAAAACCUUAGGCCCCUUUAUACCUUGUGUCUCUUUCUGAUUUCAAACUUUUAACAGAAACUUCACAUGCUCUAGCCUCUUCUGUUUCCCAUCUCCAUCCCUAUGGAUACCUUUGUCAAGUAGUAGUAUCUCCUUUUGUUUUCUUUAACCCUUUUUUGGCAUCUUCUAUGUACUCACGUUUCUGAAUCUCACUGACUCUAUCCUGUGUAUUUCCACUGCUUCUCUGAUAUUUAGGUAAGUCCAGUGGACCACAAUUCACUUUCAUUUCCAAUUGGGUUCUUCUUCAAUUAGGGUUUUGAAGAUAUAUUCGAGGCUUACUAGUUUUGGGGGAAUACGUUGUUGUUUGGUUCUGUCUGUUUUUAGGUUUACUUAGAUCUCAAUUCUAUUUUGUUGGGUUGUGUUUCAUUUUGUGAAUUGCCUUGUUUCUCAUUCUGUAGUUCAUCAGUUUUCUUCAGUUAGGUUAGAAGGAAGCCCUAUUUUCCCUUUCUGCAGUUGGGUUUUGCUGCUUGUUUGAUUAUCUUUAGGGUUUCAAUUGUCAAUGGCAAUGACACAAGGUUAUGCAAUUGAGCUUUACUUUGAUCCAGCGCUCGAAAACCAGGUCCUAAAGGCCUGGAAUGUGUUGGCUCGUCGCCAAAUCAGUACUCACCUCAUUGAAAUUGAAUCUCGGCCUCACAUUACCCUCUUUUCCACCCCCUAUAUCGACCCAUCAAAGCUCGAAAAUGUUGUGAAAUUUUUUGCUUCAAAGCAAGAAUCUUUACCCCUAUCUUUCUCCUCAAUUGGAACUCUUCCAAAUGACAACAAUGUCCUCUUUCUUGCCCCAACGCCUUCCUUGUCCCUUCUUCAGUUCCAUUCACAGUUGUGUGAUGCAAUGAAGAGGGAGGGGAUUGAAAUUCGGGAGGAGUACCGCCCGGAUUCGUGGGUCCCUUAUUGUCCAGUUGCAGAAGAAGUGCCCAAGAAUAGAAUGGCCGACGCCUUCACUGUUUUACGCGACUUGAAGUUGCCAGUUACAGGGUAUGCAAUGGAUAUUGGAGUGGUGGAGUACUCUCCCGUCCGUGAACUCUUCUCGUUUAUGCUUGGCAACACAUUUGAAGCAUGAGGUUAAAAGCCAUAUUGGUGCUUUCAUGUUAAAUCGGGUUUACUUUGUUGAAUGCCGUACGUUUUCAUUGAUGUUAGAAACCAAGCAUAAGUCAGUAUGUUAUUGGAACCUUACUUGCGCUUAAUUGGGCUAGAUUGCCAUUUGGAAUGCAAUGUACGUCAUUUUCAUUGAAA